AUGAUUAUAGUAAACAAUGCGGGGAUUACACCGUCUAUCGGACCGAAACGUUUCGGUCCAUCGGUAUUAACAAUAAAACAUCUACCCGAUGAUAUCUAUGCUAUACUUGUUUCUCAUAAUCAGUUUGAUCAUCUCGAUUAUUUUAGUGUAAAAAGUUUAAACAAACGCUAUAGUAAACGACUAACGUGGUUCUGUGGCCGAGGUACUCGACAAUGGAGUCGUCGUAGUGCAUUCGAUUUGAACAACUCUUUGUGGGGUAGUUUUGCUGUUUGGGAUGCUACACACAAAUUUUAUUUCGCUGGAGAUACAAGUUAUACUCAUAACAUUUCAAUUUUUCGACACAUUGGUAAAAAAUAUGGUCCAUUCGAUUUAAGUGCUAUACCGAUCGGUGCUUACGAACCACGAUGGAUGAUGGAAGCUCAACAUGUGUCACCAGAUGAAGCUGUUCAAAUACAUAUUGAUGUUCAAUCAAAAAAAAUCGAUCGGUAUUCAUUGGAGUACAUGGGCAUUAGCAAAUGA